AUGUCUUGGGACUCCUUCCACAUCGUAUUCAUCCGGUGUUGCGGUAUUGCUGCCCUGCUCACAAAUACUCUGAUGUUUCAUCUCAUCUGCUACAAAUCUCCAAAAAAUCUGGGAGCCUAUAAGUAUCUGAUGCUUUAUUCCGCUGUUUUUGAGGAACUAUACGCUAUACUUGACAUUAUUGCACUACCGGACUCUAUCACUUUGAGAUCCGCCUUGCUCACAGUUGUCUCAUCAAAGAAAAACCAUAUGCCGAAGGAAUUACUUCCUGUUUUGAAUGUGUUAUAUUGGGCUUUAUAUGGAAUAUCAAUCGCUCUUAUUGACAUUCAUUUUUUGUUUCGGUAUUUGGUGGUUACAGGAAUUAAACAAAGAGUUAACUGGAAUAGUGUGACAGCCAUCAUUGCGAUUUCAGCGAACGUUAAGCAACUGUUUCUUGCUCUUGUCCUUCAAACUAUUAUUCCUUUGGUUUUAAUGUAUCUACCUAGUGGAGUCCUUUUAUUCUUCUGUUUCACCGAUCAGUCAUUUGAACUUUUUGGAAGAAUUAUGUCGACUACAGCUGCUGUUCAUCGAGUUCUCGACCCACUUCCCAAUAUGUUUGUUAUAAAUAAGUACAGAAAUGCGUUAACCAGCUAUUGCGGAACAAUAUUUUGUUUGAAAUCGAAUGUAACUAAAGGAGUAACAUCUGGAACUGCCGCUAGCUCAUCUCUGGAAAUGAAAUAA